AUGGCGGAGUCGGGCUCUACAGCCUAUGGUCCAUAUCUUUCCAGGGUCAAGUCUCUAGAGGACGCUUAUCCCGCUCUUAACCAGCUUUUCUUCAAGCUAUCAGAGUUUGGCGAUAGGGGCCGGAAGGUCGUCGACGUUACUUACCGAGACGAAUAUGGCAUUCUACCAGGACGGUGUGCUGUUCUCGAGUUCAAAGACGGAAAUGUUAGUCACGAGCAAUUCGACCAGCCCAAGGAUCUGCGGCUCCAUUUUGCGACUAUCAAGAACAGCAAGCAGGAGACAGAUGCAUGCCGCUUAUAUAUCCUCGAAGACCUUGAACCUGAGUUCAUAGAGCUGCUCGGUGACGGAAUUGGCGUCGACCCGCUUGUCUUUGCUGAGCAAACAAAUGCUUGGUAUUUUACAGAUGUCCAGUCACUCGGGCACCGCCAACUACCUUCUUUGAAUCGACCACAGAAGUCCUUCACACUCCGUUACCAUGAGCUUCGUAAGCUUGACUUCGAGUAUAGGCACGAUCUCUCAGACUUGCGCAGCCAGAUGACCUUCGCAAUAAAUCGAAGGUUAUACGAGCCUUGGGUUGUUGUUGAAUCGCCCAGCAUGCCGACGGAAGACUCGGUGGGCGUUGUCCGUCGCUGUGUCUCGUUCUGGACAAGUCAGAGAAAGGAACACGCCUCUGGAUCUGGGUGGAAUGCUGUCAUGCUGGUCGACCCACCAAUGAAUGUCGCCCGAGCCAAACGGGAUGAUGGAAAAUGUGUUGAUCAAGCUGAAUCUCCUCUUAACUACAUCUUUAGCGGAGAAGAUUUCGGUAGUCGGGGUGAGUUGUGGGAGGCUCGAGACGGCGAUGUGUUUUUCAAGCUGGGAAAGAAGCGACAUGCCAGCGAACCAUAUCACAAAGGCUGUACAACUCUUUACCCGCUCUCGUUCUCUUCUCCGGAGCGCCUGAAGACCGCGGACGUGAUAGCAAACGCAUACCACAGAAACAUGGAUUCCCUCUUCGAUGAAACGAUUUUCUACUGGAAGAACCUCGCCACUGCGGAGGACGUGCGAAGUGUCCGCAAAGACUCGGUGAAUUCUACGUAUCAUCUUCUGAAGCACAUCGGUUGCCAUUGGACGAAUGUCUUGGAGCUGAUCUCUCACACCCUUGCCCAAAGUGAAUACUUCAGCGAUGACAACCCUGCAACCAGACCCAAGCAUAUGAGCACUGCGGAAUGGAGACGAGAAUUCUACAACGUUGUCGAGGCUAGCCACAAAAUCAACUACUUUCGGCGGAAAAUGAUAUAUUUCGAGGCCAACAUGGCCUUGAACCUUGAACGUCUCGGUGCAUCCCUCGACUGCGACCUGCAGAUUGACGACGCGCCGAAGCUUCCGCGCGCACUUUCUGACGCACAGAGAGACUUCCAGGUGCUUGCAUCGCGCCUCAGACCACUCCGUGAACGAGCAAAUAAUCUCUCCACAGUUGCUAAGGAUAUCGCAUCACUCAGGGCGGCAUUUCAGGCCAUCGAAGACGGUGCAAGCGGCUUGUCUCUGAGUAUCCUGGCCACGGUCAUUUUCCCGUUCACGCUCGUGGCUUCGAUGUUUAGCAUGGCGGACAAUUUCAAGCCUGGAAAUUCCCAGUUCUGGUUAUUCUUCGCGGUUAGCAUUCCACUGAGUGCAGUCAUUAUUCUGUUCCUGAUACUCAACCAAAACUGGGAGUACUGGCGUAAUUAUGGUGUUCGAACAUUGCGGUCUAUUGUCGAAAGAAAGGAAAGUCAAGCAAAAGACAAGGACGACGCGCAGAUGAAGAGCAUGGAGCUCCCUUUGUGA